AUGAUUUUCAAUGAUGUUGUCGAUAAAUUGAAGACCGCUAAAAAGAAAUUUUUCCCAGCUGUUUGGGGCUGUGUCGGCGAGAUAACAGUUCCUCACUUUCGAGGGAUUAUUAUUUCUCAAUGGGUUCUUCUUUCAGUUCUCCUUCUUUUGACCAUCAUUGAGGGAAUUCUCGCGGUCGAUGGUCUUGGCCUGCUUGGCACCACUAAGAAGUCUUUUUUGUUGUACAACACUGGUGGUGUCGUCAUUGGAAUGAUCGCUGCUGGAUUCGGAACGAGCAUUUACACUUCUCAAAACCAGGAAGGCCCGGAUAUGGCAGUGAAAAAGGCGCUGUUCAGCAUGACGUCCCUCGUGUUCAUUUUCGCUCUUCUUGGAAAUAUUGGACUCGAUUUACUUGCAAUAAUUGCCGGAUCCAUUGGAUAUGUCGACCCUUUUAGAGUCAUCAAUUUUAUUUUCAAUAUCGCCCUUUUCUUUCUAGUUCUCGUUACAUUGAUCAUGCAGACCUGCUGCGCCUGGAACAAAAACGACGCCAAAUGGAUUGAGGAAAACUUCGUCGAAAAGGAUACUCUUCAGGAGCCAACUGACGCUCAAGAAGACGAAACUAAAGAAGAAGCAGUUUGA